AUGAAGAAGCUCAUGAGGGAAGAGUUUGAACGGAGGGAACAAAUUAAGGCAGGAAAGCGCAAAGAGUCUAGAGAUCACAUCCAUAUCUCGGAUGAGGAGGGGAGGAACGACCCUAUGGCCGAUGAUGCAAGCCAAUGCUUACUACAACAGUGGCCAUUCCUCUCAAGGAAGCGGCGCCGCUCUAGAAGGCAUCGCGAUGAUCCAGAAAAUCUUGGAGGAUACAAGAUCCGGAUUCCCCCUUUCCAUGGCAACAACAAUCCUGAUGAGUACAUGGACUGGGAGAAGAAGUGUGAGUUCAACUUCAACUUACACAACAUAUCCAACAUCAACAGAGUCAAACUGGCGGUCUCUGAGUUCAAUGACUAUGCCCUAAGGUGGUGGGAACAAGUCGUGACCGCAAGAGAGAUUGGUGGAGCUCUUGAGGUCUCUACCUGGGAAGAGAUGACAAGGAUCAUGAGGCAGAGGUUCAUACCUAGCUAUUAUCAGAGAGAGCUACAUUCUAAGCUCAGGAGGCUCACUCAAGGGUCCAAAACAGUUGAAGAAUACUUCCAGGAGAUGGAAGUGAUGUUACUAAGGGCUAAUGUGAUUGAGGACAGAGAAGCCACUAUGUCCAGGUUCCUUGGAGGGCUCAACCGCGAGAUCCAAGACAUUGUGGAGAUGCAAAACUGUGUGGGCUUGGAGUCUAUGCUACACAAAGCAGUUCUGGCCGAAACAACUCAAGAGGAGGCGCCAACUCGCAUGGAACUGAUCAGCGCCGGCCUGUCUAUGCCAGAGACUCCAAACCGGCUUUACACCAAAGUCAGAGCCAGAGGAGUCCCUUACAACCAAGACAAGGACAAGAACAAGUCCAGUACAACUCUGCUCCCAGAGCCCGCGAGCUUAAGUGCUUCAGAUGUCAAGGCUUUGGACACUAUGCCAAUGAAUGCCGCAACAAGAAGAUCAUGUUCAUAA